AUGCCUGAGCCAGCGAAGUCCGCACCUAAGAAGGGGUCCAAGAAGGCCGUUACUAAAACCGCUGUAAAGGGCGGUAAGAAGCGCAAGAGGUCCAGGAAGGAGAGCUAUGCUAUCUACGUCUACAAGGUCCUGAAGCAGGUUCAUCCUGACACCGGGAUUUCCUCUAAGGCAAUGGGGAUCAUGAACUCUUUCGUCAAUGAUAUUUUCGAGCGUAUCGCCGGUGAGUCCUCUCGUCUCGCUCACUACAACAAGCGCUCCACCAUCACAUCGAGAGAGAUCCAGACCGCCGUGCGUCUGCUGCUGCCCGGUGAACUCGCCAAACACGCCGUGUCUGAGGGAACAAAGGCCGUCACAAAGUACACCAGCUCCAAAUAAAGUUUCGGUCCAGCUUUCAACACCCAAAGGCUCUUUUAAGAGCCACCCACUUUAUCAGAUAAAUGAGCUUCCAGUUUGGUUUAAUUGAUUUUAAAGCAAUUCUUACCGUUUUUAUUCAGAAUUGAACAAUGGGUUGCUGUGACUUCUUACAGAGAUCGUGAGACUCGUUGGGUAACAUUUCAAUAGUGUGCUAAUAAUACAAAGGAUCUUUAAUCAAUUUUUGGUAACGUAUGUAAAAAGGUAGAUCUCACUGUUACAGGAUCAAAAUAAGUUGAGAAUAGUGAUUAAUGCUUUAUGUUUUUAAAGCUACACUGUGUACUUUUUUGAGUUUAUUAUUAUCAAAAAAGCAUGUGUUCUUUCAAAAAUAUGUGCUCCUCCAUAUGUAAUUAUUUGCACAUACUAAUCAAAGUAUUCUCGUAAGUGUAGAAUUUACUAUUUAUAAUGCAUACGGGCGAGUCGCUCGACUGGCUGAAUCCAUGUUGCACCUCCAUCUUUGAAAUACAUUCGCCGAAGAGAUUCACGACUGCCCCGGCAGAUUUAAAAGCCUGUUGAAGAUGGAGGAGCACAUAAAAAUGAGUCGCCAAGGAAGCGAAAAAAGAGAAUUAAAACGACAACGCGACAAGAGAAACAUCAAGACCAAAGUGAAUAUUGGAGUGUGUUUUCCGAGAUUGAAAGAGCUCAUGAGGCUCAAGGAUUUUAAAAGUUGCCAGCUUUCUUCUCGACAGGUAACGUAAUUCAGACGAUUAGUGUAAAUCUAUACAGUAUAUGGUGUUCAAAUUCUUUUAUUCUUUUAAGUUUUAUAGUUGCUUGGCUUAGUAUAGCAUGGUUUUACACAACACUUGAACAACUUAUAGGAUAUGUGUAGGCUACGUUGUAACAUGAAUCUGUGUGCUAAGACAGAUCCCAGGCGAAGGACAGUUGUGUAAAUGGUAGUUAAUUUUCAUUGCUUUUGCUAGGGCUGGGCGAUAACUCGCCUGCGAUUCUCAUGUAUCUCAUCAGUAAAGCCGGUUCCUUGAUUAGUAGUAAAUCGCCAUCACCUACUUUUAGACGGAGCGGCAUUUACUAAACAGGGGUCCGUUUCACAAAAGCAUAGUU